AUGAAAUUCAAAAUGGCGGAGCUUGCUGAUGAGAUUUUCAACCGGACGUUUGAGAGGGAAAUCGAGUGUAAAAAUGGAACACUAAGAAUCCAGCAAGCUGAAGUAGGCGAUGAAAGCUGUGUAGUGUGGGAUGCUGCUUUGGUUCUUGCUAAAUAUAUACAGACCGACCAUUUUUGCUCCACAGACGGGCUGAUAAACAGACGAGUUAUUGAGCUUGGUGCAGGUACUGGAGUAGUGGGACUAAUUGCUGCAGCUUGUGGGUAAGUACAUUUAGCACUAUCAACCCUGAUUAAGAUUCAGGACCCAGAAAACCAUAACCUGUUUUGCGGCACAUACCCAUUUAGACCAAAGAAGGGAGUGCCCCCCAACCCCGGGGGAAACCAGAGUUUCUGGUAUCUCGGAGCAAGGGCAAGAAGCAACAAUGAACCCAAACCAUUUUAAUCUGGGCCUCACUGGAGAAAGAGGAUUGUUCUAUCUAAUGCAUCACCCUUCUCACUAUAAAUUAAUAUUAGAUUUUGUGUUUAAGGUUUGCUCAUGAAUUUUCCCUGAACUUGGUUAUGAUUGGUCACUAGUGAUAAAAUCAACAUUGCCGAAAUAUUUCAGGUGCUGCUCACAGUUGUCUGAGUUUGACAGUUGCGUGACAUGAUGAUGUCAAAUUUGAUAAUGAUGGUUGAUGAUUAUUUAAUGAGAUGUUGCCUGUAGUCUUCCCUGCUAGUAGAGGCCUCUUUCUGCUGGUAUUACUCCCACCCACCAAAUCCCUGGGAAAAGUGGCUACUAAUGAGGCCCUCUUAGGAUGGGGGGGGGGGGAUUUAUGUCCAUAGUCUGAAUUUCAAAUACUGUUGUUUUGCAUUUUAAGGAGCACGCCAUGUCCUUGUCCAUAUUUAACCCAUCUUGUGUCAUUUGUCUCCAUUCCACCAUCUGGUCACUGUUUCAAGGCCAUGUUGCUUGUUGAAAAUUCACCCUAUCAGGGCUUUGCUAGCAGGGAACUUGUAGUAGGGAAGUUAGUAAAAAAUUGAUUAAAGCAGUGUUGAGUCUUGUUGUCUGUUUUUUAGUGCACAUGUCUGUUGUACUGACUUGCCAAGUGUUGUACCACUCAUUGAGUCAAACAGACAAAUCAAUCAACACCUCAUAACUGGAAGCUUUACUGCAAAUUCUCUAAAAUGGUAAGUAGUUCUUAUGCUCUAUUUCAAUUCCAGAACGGGUGGGGGUGGGAUGGUGGGAGAAUGGGGAGAGAACAGGGAGUGACAAUGAAGUCCUCCUCAUUCUUUUCUCGUUUUCUCAUUCUCAGACACCCAUGGUCAAUGUAACCAUUACAAAAGGAGUUGCCUGCAGAGGGGGCUAAUCUCGUUGCUUCAGUUUGAACUUUUUGUUAUGACGACGACAGUAACUUACAUUGACAUCUUUAUAAUUCAAUAUUAAACUACAUCUGCUGGUAUAACAUAUUAUUUACAUGUUUCAAUGCUGUUGUGUUUUAGGGGUCAAGAUGUAUCAACCUUUCAACCUACCCCAGGCAUCAUUCUAGUAGCUGAUUGCAUUUAUUAUGAAGAGGUGAGGAUGUUCAUGUUUGCUCUGCAGAGAUAUAGGUAUACUUGGGCAUUGCAGAAACAUUGUUUGUCAUGAUUUAACAACAAAAUUACAUUAUAGCAGGCUACAUAUAUGAUUUAAGCCAUUGUUCUGGAUUAGUGAUAAGUAUUGGUCUAACUUGGGGGUGUGGUGGCCGAGUUGUAAAAACAUGUCAAACUUAAGAUCUGUGUGUCUGGGUUCAACCCUUGCCAAUACACUUGUCUCUUUUCACCAAGAUGUAUAAGUGGGUUCUGGCGACAAAAAAGUUCUGGGGAUAUUACACUGCAAUGGACUAGAAUACUUUCCAGCAGGGUAGCAAUUUUCCUAGGUGCUUCAUGCUACUUGUACUUAAACGUCAUCAUCAUCAUCAUCAUCAUCAUUAUUAGUUUUGUUAUUAUAAUUAUUUCUAUUUAUAAUAAUGUUUAUUAUUAUUACUAUUUUUUCAAGUCCCUAUUUCCACUUGUGGUGACCCUGUGUGAUCUAAGUGAUGCCAACACCACUGUGCUAAUAUGCUAUGAAGAGAGGACAACAGGCAAUAAACCUUUGCUAGAGAAAAAGUUCCAUGAGGUACAAAUAUUUAGCAGUUAUUAAAUUCAACUUUUGUAUGAUAUGAAGAAUUAUUCAGAUCAAGGAGACUGUUAUCCACCAAAGGAAAGAGGAAGUGCAAUCGAUGGAUGGUCUAUUGCUUAUGCAGCCUUGUUACCCAGCAAGAAGACCAAACAAUGAACCUCAUUUCUAAUCAAAUAUACCAUCAAAUCAACGGUGUAUUGCUCUCUUCUUCAAAUUUGGUCAAUGCCGGUUGGUUAUGGCAAUUGAGCCAGGGGAAUGGGGUCAAUCAGAAACAGAGAAGUAUUUUGAAAGAAUAAUGACUUAAAAUGUAUGACAAUUAGCAUGUAAUGAGUGUGGAGCAAAGAAAAAGACGGUCAUGAAUUCCCAACAGGAUUCAAACCUAUGACUUCUCAUGCUGUAACAUCAGACAUGAGUAAGCUGUGUAGAGGUUCAAUGAGUAGCCUGUUCACAGACCCUCUCUUCUCUCUUUAGAGAUCCUCGCGUGUGCAUAUGAAAAAAGAAACCGCAGGGGAUUUAUUGACUUCUAGGGCAAGGGGGUGGGGAAAGAAGAAAGUCGAUGUUUCUUUUUCUUUCACGUGCUCCACCCUCAUUCUCAUGUUCCAGGCUUGCACACUCGCCCAUGCUUGCUCAUCCAUUUUUGAAAACAACAUCUGCAUACGUACAGGCUACUCGUGGAGAGUUAGGCCAUAUAUAGCUGAAUCAAAAAACCUUGCUUUGGCCAUUGGGAAGUGGAAAUUGAGCAUUUGGGAAUACAGAGCUUACUGCAUUGAUUUGCUUGAAUGCCCACCAAACAAUAGCUUACCAGUGUGCAAUUCCCAAUGCCCUAAACAACCUUAAUUGAAUCAGCAACAUGCACGACGUGCGUCCUGCAUGUUGCUAGAAUUAGCAAUGUUGAGAGCGUGCUGUUUGGAAUGAGGGAAGAUCUUGAAGGCAAUUCAUUGGAGGAGUGUCUCAUGGGAUAUGCUUGUAACAGGGACAUCAAUCUAUUGUUUUAUUUUGAUUUGAUUUGUUUUCAGCUGGUGAGAGAACACUUUACAGUGAAAGAAAUCCCAGAAGAACACCAAGACCCAGUCUACCACAGCCCAGAUAUACACUUACUGAGAUUGACAAAAAAAGAUGUCAAGCUUUGACAGCAAAAAAAAAUGACCUAUCCCCUUCUUGUUGGUGAGACUACAGCUAUGGUGUGGAACGCUACUGGUCAUCAGUGGAAUC